AUGCUCCAUAAGAGAAAGUAUCGGAAGAAGAAAUGUGCUGCAGUCACAUGGGAUCCGAGUUUGGAAGGUAGUGCAGUGGCUGUGAAGGAGUCAGAAUAUUUUUGUGCAUCUUUUGAGUGUCCACAUGGAACAGGAUUGAUUGGGAGAGCAUAUUUCUAUGGCAUAUGCAUAAACAAAAUCCAGAUGUCCAUACCCACUGCUAAUGAGGACCAAACUGUUGUGAGAAGUGUUGACAAGGAUGGAGGGUUCUUGGUGCAUGUAUUGGCAUUUGGGACAAGAGGUGUGUGGAACAUCAUCAUCGAUGAGCCCAACUUGAACCCAUGGCAGAAACCUCCACAGGAGCCCUACACAAUUCCCCAGUCAAUCCAGACGCCUCUCAAUUGGGUCCCACUCAUCAUCAUUGAUCUAUCCAAAUUCAAUGAGUCCAAAGGUAAACAGGAUCUUGUGGUUAGACUCAAGGACGAGGUGAAAAGCUGGGGUUUCUGGACCAUGGUGGGCAUUGGCUUCACUUAG